UAACAAGCUACUCCCCAUUCCCCUCCCAUUGUCAAUGAAUGUGAACAAAAAGCAUUCUUGUCAGUUGUGAAUAUUGAAGGUGAAUACUAAUUCAGCUGCCAUUCAGUUGUCCCUUUAUAUCCCACUGAGAAACUGAGAAGAGUAGGCUACAAGAUGUCAGGCAGUAGUACCUAUGAUAAGACUCUGUCCCAAUUGGACGAUAUGGCAGACAAGGUUCUCCGUUCAUCCAAACACUACCUCCCUCAUAUCGCUCGACUUUGUCUAAUAGCCACUUUCCUCGAAGACGGUCUUCGUAUGUGGUUCCAAUGGAGGGAACAGAAAGACUACAUUAAUCUCACCUGGCGUUGCGGGGAGUUCUUGGCUAACAUAUUUGUGCUAUUCAACAUGGUGGGACAAAUCGCUGGCUGUGGAUUGGUCCUUGUUAGGAAGUUUGUGCCGAUCGCUGUUGGAAUGUUGUUCAGCAUCAUUGUCUUACAGACGUUCACCUAUACUGUUCUAUGGGACUUCAAAUUUUUCAUGAGGAAUUUUGCCCUGACUGGAGGUCUGGUACUUCUCAUGGCAGAGUAUAGCGGUGAAGCCAAGAGCAUGUUUGCUGGUCUGCCCUCCAUGGGCGGAAACAACAGACAAAGCUACAUGCAACUAGCUGGUCGUCUAUUGGUCAUUAUCAUGUUCUUAACGCUGUUCAAUUUUGAGCUUUCCUUCUUCCAAAUGAUCUUCCUUGUCAUCGGCUCCGGGCUAAUGGUGUGUGUUGCCAUCGGAUACAAGACAAAGUUGGCCGCUGUUGUCCUGGUUGUAUUUCUAGUACUCUAUAAUGUUCUCCUCAAUUCAUUCUGGAUGGUACCGACCAAUCGUAUCAUGCGUGAUUUCAUGAAGUACGAUUUCUUCCAGACCCUCUCAGUGAUUGGUGGGCUACUCUACGUGGUUGCCCUCGGCCCUGGAGGUGUGAGUCUGGACGAGCACAAGAAGGAGUGGUGAUCGUACGGACUUUAGUGAACUCUUAGGAAUUGUUUUAUUAUACGUACCUGCAUACAUGUGUUUAAUGACCCAAUUCAUGGUUAAUCAAUGUUAUCUGA